AUGUAUAUUCUUCUUUUGAGAGAUGUACAUUUAACAAUAGCAAAUCAAGCCUUAAGAAAAGAAAUUAAAGAAUUAAUGGCGCUAGUUAAUCGGUGGUUGUUGAGAAGGGCGUUACGCCGUGAAAGAAUUUUUUUUGACAGACAAAAUUCUAUGGAAAUCAUGACAGACGAUUUAUUGACGGCGGGUUAUCGUUUUCAAUUAAUGUGUCUUAUAAGUGCCUCCAAUAAUAUUCGUCGAGCACAAACAAAUCUAUUUGGACAAUAUAAUAUGGACAUAAUGUACAAUAAUUUUGCCGUGAUUAAGACUGAUUUAUGGCAACAACCACAAAUCUUGAAUUUUUUAACAUAUAUCGAUAGAUUAGGUGGCAUUUACAAAUAUCGAUGGGGCGAUGCUCCUAUUCAUACAUUGAUAAUAUCACAAUUUUUAAAACGAAAUGAAAUUGUUCGUUUUCGAGACAUCGGCUACUUUCAUAAACGAGAGUACGUUUGUCCUUAUACAACAAAACUCGUCUGUAAUCCAAAGGACUAUUUUUUACAUAAAGACGCGGAUCCAAGCGGAUCCAUGGGGAUCGGUGCUGAUACAAUCGUUUCUGAAAGUGUAAAAUGGGAUCCGACCGGGAAAGAAAAAAUUUGUUCAACUCGUGCAUUAUUAUGUUGCGAUGGUCCAUUGUCAAUAUUAGAAUAUGAUUGUGAUGAACUAGCUGAUAUUAAAAGACGUGCUGUAUUUUUUUUGAAAUCGGGUGGUCAUGCUGUUAAAAACGGUAUUAAGGGCAGUAUGAAAUACUUAAUUUAUAAGUUAAAGGAAAUUGAAAAGAAACAUACGAAAGAAUCAAAAAUCCAGCAGAAAUGCACAACCAAUCAAACAAUAACCGUGACACCAGUAUCUUCUUCCGGUAAUUCUCUCGCUUCUAAUGCGGUACCUUCAUCCUCAUUAGUCGUUCAACCAUCAAUUGUUCACACUCAGUCAUCUAUUUCGAUCACAUCAACGUUAACUUGUGAGCAACGUAAAGAUAAUGUAGAAGAUAUGAUACAAUCAUGA